AUGGAGGCGGCGGGCCCCUCGGCGGGCCCGCGGGGCGCCUGCGUGCUGAGCGGCGCUCACGGAGCGUGUGCCGCCUGUGGAGCGAGUGUGCGCGCCGGGCGCUGCGGGCCCGCCGCCGCCUCACCUUGGAUCUCCGCCAGCCGCCCCGCCGCCCGGGCCCUGGGCCCGCACUGCCUGCUGCACGCCGCGGCCGAGGAGCUGGAGCGCGUCCACGUCCUGCCGCGCACGGUGCUCUACAUGGCCGACUCGGAGACGUUCAUCGGGCUGGAGGAGUGCCACGGCCACAAGAGAGCAAGGAAAAGGACAAGUAUGGAGACAGCCUUUGCGCUCGAGAAGCUAUUUCCAAAGCAACAGGGCCCAGGACCGGGCUGGCUCCGUGGCCUGGGGCGGGGACACCGGGAGGAAGGAAGCCAGCCUGGUCCUCCCGCCCCCUCCCCCCAGAUCUGGAAUGACUACAAGCUCACAUGGAACCCCUCGGACUACCAAGGUGUGGAGUUCAUGCGAGUCCCCGUGGAGAAGAUCUGGAAGCCGGACAUCGUGCUGUACAACAACGCCAUCGGCGACUUCCAGGUGGACGACAAGACCAAGGCCUUGCUCAAGUACACGGGAGAGGUGACCUGGAUCCCCCCCGCCAUCUUCAAGAGCUCCUGCCGCAUCGACGUCACCUACUUCCCCUUCGACUACCAGAACUGCACCAUGAAGUUCGGCUCGUGGUCGUACGACAAGGCCAAGAUCGACCUGGUGCUCCUGGGCGACUCCAUGAACCUCAAGGACUACUGGGAGAGCGGGGAGUGGACGGUGAUCAGGGCCCCGGGCUACAAGCACGAGAUCAAGUACAACUGCUGCGAGGAGAUCUACCCCGACAUCACCUACUCGCUCUACAUCCGCCGCCUGCCGCUCUUCUACACCGUCAACCUCAUCGUGCCGUGCCUGCUCAUCUCCUGCCUCACGCUGCUCGUCUUCUACCUGCCGUCCGACUGCGGCGAGAAGAUCACGCUGUGCAUCUCCGUGCUGCUCUCGCUCACCGUCUUCCUGCUGCUCAUCACCGAGACCAUCCCGUCCACGUCGCUCGUGAUCCCGCUCAUCGGCGAGUACCUGCUCUUCACCAUGGUCUUCGUCACGCUCUCCAUCGUCAUCACCGUCUUCGUGCUCAACGUGCACUACCGCGCGCCCGCCACGCACGCCAUGCCCGCCUGGGUCAAGACCGUCUUCCUGGGCCUCCUGCCCCGCGUCAUGUUCAUGGCCCGGCCGGCGGCGGCGGCGGGGGCGGCGGGGGGCGCCCCGGGCCCCAGGGCCUGCCCCGGGGCCGAGCCGGGCGCCCUCGACUGCUGCGAGCCGGGCUCCGCCUGCCCCGCCUGCCGGCAGCACCGCGGGGCCAAGCUCUCCAACCUGGGCGCCAACCUCGCCGGGCGCCCCGGCUCCGAGCCCGCCCUGCCCCCCGAGAUCAGAGACGCCAUCCGCAGCGUCCAGUACAUCGCGGAGACCAUGAGGGCGCAGAACGCCGCCAAGGAGGUCCAGGAUGACUGGAAGUACGUGGCCAUGGUGAUCGACCGCAUCUUCCUGUGGCUCUUCAUCCUCGUGUGCAUCCUGGGGACCGCGGGGCUGUUCCUGCAGCCGCUGCUGGCCAGGGAGGACGCGUGAGCCGG